AAAAUACCCCAACGAGUAAUAUUAUAUGGAAAAGCAUUGAGGAGGCGCAACUUAAGAUAAUAAGAGAGGCAAUACGUAUUCGCUACAAAAAAGAUAGCAAGCUAGUUAGUGAAUAUAUCACAUAUGUAAAAAAUUUGCGUCAAGAGAAUAAUCCUGAUGAAUAUGUAAAAUCAACUGCUAUUAUGUUAUUUCCAAAUGAGGAUACCUAUGAAAGAAGAAUGAGUAGAUAUCGAAAAUGGUAUCAAGAAGAGCGUCCUAUGACAGAAGAAGAAAUUAGUAAAACAAUAGAAGAGCUAAUAGCAGACGAAG